AUGUCCCACUCCGCCCGAGCCCCCGUUCUCGCCUCAACCCUCUUCCCCCCCGGGCUCACCUCCGACCUCCAAGCCGUGCAGGCCCCCAAGUCGGACUUUAGCCCCCUGAGGCAGUACAACGGCGCCCUCUACAAGUGGACCCAACAGCUUAUGCUGCACUCCCAGCGGGAACACGACUCUCUCAAGUCCUCUGCGGCCACGCAAGAUCGCUCCGAUACCAAAAACUCACCCUCCAGCAAGUUCGCCUAA